AUGACCAAUGCUACAAUUUCCCUCGAGCCACCAACCUUCGACAAUCGUGUUAGCGGGUUUGGGAUCGAAAACACGACCCCAGAAAUAUCUUGGCGAUUUCUUUGCAAAGACAAAAAUGUUAAAUCCUGGCGACAACACAUCUACGAAAUAGAGGUUCAACGUAAUGGUUUACUGGAGUCCUAUCGAGUGAAAUCCUCUCAGUCUGUUCGAGUUCUCUGGCCAAGCACGGCUUUGUCUUCACGAGAAAAAGCAGCGGUUCGGGUGAAGUCAAUCGGCAGCGUAUUUGAUCACGAGGGAGAGCUUGCAACGAAAUGGUCGGAAUGGUCGGCAGUCGAAACUGGGCUGCUCAAUCGUGACGAUUGGCAAGCUCAGCUGAUAAUUGGACAGCAAGAAACACAUCCGGAUAGGCCUAUUCGCCCAAUACUUUUAAGGCGGCCAUUCGAGGCACCAGUGAAUAAAAACAUUCGCCAAGCCAGACUAUAUGUUACAGCGCAGGGUGUCUACCAGAUCUACCUAAAUGGUACUCGCGUGGGCGAUUGUUUCAUGGCUCCGGGCUUUACCUCCUACCAAUUUCGAUACUCUUAUCACAUAUUCGAUGUGACUGAUCUUAUUUUCGGAACCGAAACAAAUAUACUGGCAGCAGAGGUUGGAGAGGGAUGGUUUGCAUCUCAAAUGUGGAGAGAAGGCCGACAGAUCUAUGGUAAGGAUAUAGGUCUGAUUGCCCAGUUGGAAAUCUCAUUUGAAGACAGCAGUCAACCCCUGGUAGUGAAAACCGACCAGGAUUGGGAAUGGAACGUGGGACCAAUGCUGACAAGUGAAAUAUACAAUGGUGAAACAUUUGACAUGUCGGAAGAACAGCCAGGCUGGAAAACAGGCUCCCAAGCCCGAUCCGGUACCCGAUGGAGACCUGUUAGUGUUCUCCCUCUUCCCUCAGUCGCGCUGUCCCUACCCGACGGUCCGCCAGCUCGGGCCACGCUGGAAAUAUCACCACAGAAAGUUUUUCGAUCUCCAUCUGGCAAAUUGUUAUUGGACUUCGGCCAGAACUUGGUCGGUGUACUGCGCAUCCGAUCAUUGAAUAAACCAGCUGGCCAUCGCGUGUCAUUGAAGCAUGCAGAGGUCCUUGAGCAUGGGGAAAUCGGAAUGCGUCCUCUCCGUGCGGCAAAGUGCACCGAUACUAUCAUAUGUUCUGGUGAACAUCUCAAAGACUGGUCGCCCACAUUUACAUUUCAUGGAUUUCGCUUUGUCGAGGUAAUUGGAUGGUCCCCGGAGGAUAACACGUCUCCCUUGACAGUCGAUAAUAUUUCUGCGACAGUCAUACACAGUGACAUGACCCGUACAGGCUGGUUCUCCUGUUCAGACCCUCAGAUUAAUAGACUUCAUGAAAACUCAGUUUGGAGUAUGCGAGGGAACUUUCUAUGGAUUCCGACCGACUGCCCCCAACGAGAUGAGCGUCUGGGUUGGUCAGGAGACAUCCAAGCCUUCAGCCCGACGGCCAAUUUCCUUUACAAUACGAACGGGAUACUUGCGGACUGGCUGGCUGAUCUGGCUUUGGAGCAGAAGGAGGACAACGGCAUUCCACCCAUGAUUGUGCCAAAUGUGCAGUUUGCAAAAGAAUCUCGUCCGCCUCAGGCUGUGUGGGGAGACGCGUCUAUCUUGGUUCCAUGGGCCUUGUUUAAAUCCUUCGGAGAUAAGAAUAUUCUGGAGAGACAGUACGAAAGCAUGACAUCUUGGUUGGAUCGAGGCUGUUCUCGGGGGGAAGAUGGACUCUGGACGCCUUCACUUUGGCAACAUGGGGACUGGCUUGACCCAUCUGCUCCCCCUGAAGAUCCUGGAAAUGGCCAAACCGAUGGAGUUUUUGUUGCAGACGCAUACCUAGUAUAUGUUACGGGUAUCCUGGGCAGUAUCUCAGUAAUCCUCGACCGGCCAGACGAUGGAGCACGAUACAAGGAAGAAUAUAUUCGCUUGAAGCAGAUUUUUCAGGAGAAGUAUGUCACCCCCAAAGGAAUGGUGAUGUGCGAUACGCAAACUUCACUUGCACUUGCAUUGUGUUUCUCUCUUCUUGAUACCAAUACUCAAAUUGAAGCAGCUGGGCAACGUUUGGUCCGCAAAGUACGUUUUGCGAAGUUUCGGGUUGCGACUGGCUUCGCAGGUACGCCAAUUGUGGCCCAUGCGCUCAGCGAGACAAACUCGCAUCAACUAGCUUAUCGCAUGUUGCUGGAAACAAAUUGUCCAUCCUGGCUUUACCCAGUCACAAUGGGAGCUACCACCACAUGGGAGAGAUGGAACAGCAUGCUCCCAGACGGCACAAUUAACCCAGGUCAGAUGACUAGUUUCAAUCAUUAUGCUCUAGGAUCUGUCGCGAACUGGCUGCAUGAGAAAAUGGGUGGUCUCAGUGUUAUCGAGCCUGGUUGGCGGGUUUUCAAGAUCAGACCCAUCCCAGGAGGAACUAUCCGCAAUGCAGAAAUUCAGUAUGAAAGCCCGUAUGGGCGGAUUGAAUGCUCAUGGAGUCUGAACGAGGAUUCAUUUUUCUCAAUGAGUUUUGUUAUUCCUCCUAAUUCUUCUGCCUGGGUUUUCUUGCCAGAUGCACAAGACAAAGGCACCCUUUUGCCUUCUGGUCAAUAUGAAAUGAGCUGCCCGUUUCAUGCUGAUCCAUGGCCACCCAAGCCCUUGGAGACUCUAUUUAAACCACCAGUCCGGAAGAUCAACGAGUAG